AUGAGAUUCCUCAAAGGCCUACUUUGUGCCUUUGGCCUAACCAGCCUGGCCAGUGCUAAAGGCCUGUCAUGGAAGCUCGAUAAGUCAUGCCAAACAAGUGAUCUCAAUGACAUGGUCACUACCGCCGUGAAUAACGCCUUUGCGAUGGCAAAUGAUGAGGCCGACGUACUCACCAAGAUCCUCGCCAAUCAGGACCUGGGCCAGAACAAGGAAAACAUCCUCAAUGUUGUCAAGUGGAUGUUUACGAAAGACGGCGAAGAGCCGAAUAGAGAGCGAAUUGGUGUGCUGAAAAGUAUAUUCACUUGUUCUUUUAUUCUCAUCCUUGAGGUCGGUUUGCUGACUGUGACAGCGCGUAUGUCGCUUCUCGCCAAGGCAAAGGAUCGUAAAGAUGACGAGGAUCCGGACGGUUCGACGAUCGUGAUAUACUGUGGCUUUGACCGCUUUGAACCGAGGCCUGGCGGUCAAUGGUACGAUAAGGACAUCGAUGAGGUCCUCGAAAAGGACCAGUCAUUUGAGGCAUGCAAAGGCCUCCAACCUAACGUAGCCUACACCUGGGUACCUGAGGAAAAUUCGAAGCCUUCCCAGGUUCAGUUAUGCCCAUGGUUCCUCAAUUGGAUGAAAUCUAAAGAUACUAAAAGCCUGAGGGACGCAGAGGCUAAAGGUCUAUUUUGGCGGGCAAUCAGCAAAGGCCUGUCGAAGGCGCACACAUUACUAACGCCUAUUGAUGUGAUCUCGCUGCUCGACAAAGUGGUUCUGCACGAGCUAACGCAUACACGUGUUGCGGGCGAGUCGCUGGAUGUUGAUGGGCCCAGCUUUCUGACUGUUAGGUAUGGGUGGAACAGGUGUCGGAAGUUGGCGCAGGAGGGAAGCGAUGAUCGCAACCGGCAAGCACAAGUCAAUGCGGAUUCGAUUGCGCUUUGUGGGUCUGCCAUCAGGUAUAUUAAGCAAGGGAAGCAGGUGAAGGAGAAUGGGGACGUAGAGGACAAGUAA